GCGCGCUGCUUUCCGGCGGCUGCCUCGCCUCUUCCUCCUUUUUUGCGGCAAGGAUCCCCUCGUUUAAAUUAAAAACCUUUUUAAAUUUUUGUUUUGUUUAGAAUUCUCGUUUUUAAUGCUAAUCUUGUUUUGCCAUUAAAUUGUUUGAAAUCCCUUUUUUGAUUUUUUGUUGUUACUGAUUUUACUAUUUUUUUUGCAAUUAAAUUAUUUCGCUCCGAGCCGCGAUGGAAGGAGUGGGCGCGCUGCUGGCCAGUUGCCCUACGGCCGGCUUGGCCGGAGGCCUGGGGGUGACCGUGUGUGCAGCCGCCGGAGGAGUCCUGCUCUACAAGAUGGUCCGCAGGAAGAAUCCCACGCACACAACUGUGAACUGUUGGUUCUGCAACCAGGAUACUGUGGUGCCGUAUGGGAACCGCAAUUGUUGGGAUUGCCCAAACUGUGAGCAGUACAAUGGCUUCCAAGAGAACGGCGAUUACAACAAGCCCAUCCCUGCUCAGUAUAUGGAGCACUUGAACCACGUCGUCUCCGGGGCCGGGGCUUACUAUGACCCCACCAAGCCCCAGCAGUGGGUGAGCAGCCAAGUUUUGCUCUGCCGGAAAUGCAACAAUCACCAAACCCUGAAGAUCAAGCAGCUGGCAUCCUUCAUGCCCAGAGAGGAGGGGAAGUACGAUGAAGAGAUCGAGGUGUACAGACACCACUUGGAGCAAACCUACAAACUCUGCCGCCCCUGCCAAGCCGCGGUGGAGUACUACAUCAAGCACCAGAACCGGCAGCUGAGGGCCUUGCUGCUCCGCCACCACUUCAGUGACCGGAAAAUGGACACGUCCUACAUGCAGAGUUUCUAUGCUGCUGCCGCCACCGCUGCCUCCACGACCACGCCGAUCCACGUGCUAGCACUGCGCUUCCUGGCUUUCCUCAGCUGUGCCAUCCUUAUUGCAAUGGCCACGUACGGCUCAGGCAACCCGUUCUCCCCUGAGCCUGCCAGCCCUCCUGCAUCGCUUCCGGUGAAGAACGGGACUGAGCCGGCAGCCCCCGGCAACGGCACUGUGCUGGAGCUCCUGGGCUGGCGAGAGAUUAUUCACCUGAUGCCGGAGCAGCUGCUGGGGGCGCUAAGCGCCGCCUGGACCUACGGGAAGAACCAUCAGAUGGCAAUGGUCGCCCUGGGGCUGCUGAUGUGUAUUUUGGCCAUGCUGCUUGCGGGACGGAUCAGGCUUCGGCGAAUCGACGCCUUCGCCUCUGUCCUUUGGCUGCUUGUGAUGGCCUUCCAUCUGGUGGAGAAGUACCUGCAGUCCGACACUCCCAGCUGGCUGGACACUGCAAAGUUUGGCACCACCUCCCUCUGCUGCCUGGUGGGCUUCGCGGCAGCCGUGGCCACCCGGAAAUCGACAGGCCAGCGGAGAACCCGAUCCCGAAGGUACCUCUCGGGAGAUCCGGUCGCAGCGUUCCCCAACAGUGCUGGGAUGGGCUUCCCAUAUCCUCCUGCUGCUCCAUCUGUAUUCAUCCCAACGCCUCCCAGCAUUCUCCAGUUGAACCAGCAGUUCUUCCACUCCCCGCGGCGAACUUCCUCCUCGUCUCUUCCUGGACGAUUAAACCGGGCCCUCUCCUUGGGCACAAUUCCUUCCCUGGCCAGGACAGAUUCUGGUUACCUGUUCAGCGGAAGCCGCCCCCCAUCGCAGACUUCUCAUUCCAAGGAGUCACCCGUGUCAGAAUAUUUCUCCCUUCUGUCUGGAAGCUGCGUCCCUUCCCCUGUCCCGUCGCCAGCGCCCUCCGUCGCUGGCUCAGUGACAUCCAGUUCUGGUUCCCUGCGUUACCGCCGGCCCCUCAUCAGCCCUGCGCGGCUCAACCUGAAAGGCCAGCGGCUGAUGCUCUUCCCAUCUCAGAGCCAGGCCCCCCACGCGGAAGACCACGUCCACUCGGAGAACAGUGUCUUUGCCUCGGACCCGCCUGCCUUCCCAAAGCGGAGCCGUGGCGACCGUGGAAUGCAUGAUAUGAGGGCGGUCAUCGACGCAGGAAGCAUCUGUAGUGACCGCUCCAUCAAGAAACAAGACGAUUCCUCCCAUUCGUCAAGCUGUGUGGUGGACACCACGACAAAGGGGGAGGAGCUAACAGGCUGGAGAGGUGAGUGCUGGUCGCUUUGGGAACUCGACUGUCCGAGGUCUGCUUGCUGUGAGUCUAACCGUGAAUGCCAUCUUCACAUCGGCCUACCUCUACCAAAGUUUCCGCUGAGUCACGUGGCCGAGGGAGAACUUAGUUCCUCGUCGCCGAUGCUGUGCUGCUCCCACAGGGAGAUUCUUUCACAAGAAGGACUUGACCCACCCACGUCUCUGUGUCAUCAGCCACGGAUCCAAGCUGCCUCUUCUUCAGCCUUUUCCUGUUUGCCUGCUACGGCUGCUGUUGCAGAGGAACCCGGACUCCUCAUUUCAUCAGCAGCUGAGCAGGCGGCCAAAGAGAUCGCAUCCAGCAUUGGAGGAGCAUCUGGUUACCACACGCUUUGUACAGAACUGGUUUGUGGGAGCAGGCUCAAAGAAACCAUGGGCAGGGGACGUCCAAAGUAGUGGAAGCGGCCCUGAUUGGGUUCCACCUCUGAACAGGUGGCUUUGUUUUCAGUUGUUCUCUUUUUCUUUUUUAGCAUCCAUGUUAUUGACUCACGAGAGUCCUCUAACAUUUUUCCAGGGUGGCCAUAUUGGCUCGAGACGCUCUGUGGCUGCCUCGUUUUUGUUUUUCCGUUGGGUCAAUCUUCCGACUUGCCCUCUGCCUCCAAUUCAUUCUGGUGCUGACGUAGCAUGCAUUGCUUCACUCAGCGCAUGGUUGCGGUGUUUUAUUUUGCUGAGUGUUGAGGGUUUUUUUAAUACUUACAUCACAGCUCAAGUUUUUUGUUCUUUUGACUCCCCCAAGACGACACCAGUCCUUCUGUUUCAAGGUGUUUCAAUGGCACCAGAGCACGUUGGUGCUUGCUUGGAUCAUGUCGCUUGUCAGAAGCUCAACAUUUGGACAUGCUGUAUUAAAAUGGGGGUGGGGGGCAGAGGGGAGAGAGUAGUUGUUGCCCCAUAAAGGUGUCUCUCCCAGCAACUGGGGCAUCUGUGGUAGAGGUGGAGAAUCUCUUCAUGAAACUAAGGUUUAGUCUGCUUAAGCGGCCCAGUUUUCGUCCUGUCACCUUAAGAACGCCUGCGCAUUACCAUUUACAAGGCCUCUUCCUCAUACAAAGCAGAUGAGGUUGUGAACCAUUUCAGAACUUUGGAGGAAUCGCCAAACAAAACAUUCCUUGCAUGUUUUUUUUUUAAAAAAUACAUCCAGAAAACUAGCAUGUCUGGAAGGAUAAAACUUCCUCCCUGACUGGUUAGCUUUCUUUCUGUAGGGGAGCGGCAUGGAGGUGCAUUCUGAAGCGGUGCAGCCAAGACAAAGUUUAACCGUCAAAUCAGUUCUUUUAACUGCCCUUUCGUAAGUGCUGGGACUAAAGAUCUCCAAAACACACACCCCAGUUGAGUCCUCUCUAAAUAGCAUAUGACAGAUCUCCAGUUCGAGACCCCCCUGCGUCUUCCCUGGUCAUCCUUUCUCCUCACAUCUUUGUUGACUGCUUUUUCCCCAGUUCUAGCACCCUGUUAGACAGCACUGAUGACCAUAUCAUCCCCAAUUUGUGCUUCAGGUCC